AUGAAGCUGGCAGUCUUCAGCGCCAAGUCCUACGAUAAGCACUAUUUCGACGUCACACUCCGCAAACAACACCCCACGCUUUGUGAGAUCACCUACCAUUCAUUCGCCCUCUCAUCCGAGACCGUUUCUCUCGCGCAAGACAGCGAUGCAGUCUGCGUCUUUGUAAACGACCAGCUGGACGCCCGCGUCCUCCAAACCCUCUACGCAAACGGCGUCCGCGCCAUUCUCCUGCGCUGUGCGGGCUUCAACAACAUCGACCUGCAAGUCGCCGAGGACCUAGGCUUCUUUGUCGCCAAUGUCCCCUCGUAUUCCCCCGAAGCGGUCGCUGAGUUCGCAGUGGCGCUGAUCCAGACCUUGAAUCGCAAGACACAUCGCGCGUUUAACCGCGUCCGGGAGGGGAACUUCAACCUUGAGGGAUUUCUGGGCCGCACACUCUACGGUAAAACGGUGGGGGUUGUAGGCGUCGGUCGUAUCGGGCUGGCGUUUGUGAAGAUACUACAUGGGUUCGGGUGUAAGCUGCUGGCGUAUGACCCAUUUGGAGGCGAGGAGUUCAAGAAGUAUGGUGAGUUUGUGGAGCUAGGCGAUCUGCUGUCACAAAGCGAUAUUGUCAGUCUGCAUUGCCCUCUUACAGAAGGUACGAGACAUGUGAUCAAUGAUGAGAAUCUCUCGCGGAUGAAGAAGGGUGCGUUGUUGGUCAAUACCUCUCGUGGCGGCCUGGUUAACACCAAGGCUGUGAUCAAUGCGCUCAAAUCGGGUCAGCUUGGUGGUGUGGCACUGGAUGUGUACGAGGAAGAAGGAUCGCUGUUCUACAAUGAUCAUUCUGGCGAGAUUAUCCAUGACGAUGUGUUCAUGCGGCUGAUGACGUUCCCUAAUGUGCUUGUUUGCGGCCAUCAGGCUUUCUUUACGGAGGAGGCGCUCAGUGAGAUCGCGGGCGUUACGUUGGGGAAUUUGGAGGACUUUUCUUUGAAGAGGACUUGCAAGAACUCGCUGGUACGCGAGGGUCAUCUGGUGGUUCCGACGGACAAGGAGCCUGUGCGGCUGUAG